CAGAGCGCGAGCGGAUGGUGCGCGUGAAAGCUGCUGGAGUACCUAGCGCGAGGUAAAGAGAUAAAAAAACACCGCGGUAACCUUGUAAGAGUUUUUCCCCUGCACCCCCCCCUCCUCCCUCCACACAGGAAGGACACAGAGAGGGGAACUGCGGAAAGUGGUGUAUGCUGCCCCCCCCUUCCCGGCUUCAAAAUAUCGGUGCAGUGAGGAAUAAAUGAAGUGUAGCCCCGGUCUGGAGUAUGUGACAACUCAGAAGGUUGGCCUGAAUCUUUUGCACAGCGUCUUGUGGAUGUUUGGAGGAGGCGUGCAAAUUUAUAAACAUCCUGCAAGUUGAUCUAUCAAGCGAGCAAACAGCGCCGGAUUAACUCUGCCUGCCUGCGCGUGCGGUCGGUGUGUCCGUCCUCUCCUCCUCCUCUCAGAAACCCAGAGACGCAUAUCUGACCGGAAUUAAUGCCCUAGGCUAUCGGUGCAUGUCCGUAACCUGCAUUUGUGCCAGGGCCCGACUGUCUGCGUAGCUAGCUGGGCGAGCAGAGGGAAAUGUAAACACUGGCUGUGUGUCCCGAAGUGUGUGAGUGAGAUGAGCGGCGGGAUGGAGCGCACGGAGCCGGAAGCGGAAGGAACGCACGGGCCGCAGAGGCUUCGGCCCUCCUCGUACCGCGCUCUGCGCAGCGCCGUGUCCAGCCUGGCGCGCAUUGACGACUUCGUCUGCGAGAAGAUCGGCUCAGGUUUCUUCUCCGAAGUGUUCAAGGUAAAACACCGGGUGACCGGGCAGGUCAUGGCACUGAAGAUGAACACACUGGCCAGUAACAGGGCCAACAUGUUGAAAGAGGUGCAGCUCAUGAACCGUCUCAGCCACCCCAACAUCCUCAGGUUUGUGGGAGUGUGUGUACACGAGGGACACCUCCACGCUCUCACAGAGUACAUUAAUGGUGGAAAUCUGGAGCAGCUGUUGGACAGCGAUGUGUUUCUGUCCUGGGCGAUGCGAAUGGGCCUCGGCCUAGAUAUCGCACAAGGACUGCAGUACCUCCACAGCAAGGGUAUAUUUCACAGAGACCUCACAUCAAAGAAUUGUCUGGUGCGUUGGGAGAAUGGCGAUUGCACUGCUGUGGUUGGAGACUUUGGCCUGGCAGAGAAAAUUCCAGACUAUAGUGAUGCCACACAGAAGCAGCCUCUGAGUAUCGUGGGUUCUCCAUAUUGGAUGGCUCCUGAAGUGCUCAGAGGAGAGCAGUAUGAUGAAAAGGUGGAUGUUUUCGCCUAUGGCAUAAUUCUUUGUGAGAUCAUUGGUCGGAUUCAAGCAGAUCCAGACUUCCUGCCCCGCACAGAGGAUUUCGGUCUAGAUGUGGACGCAUUUCAGCCUCUAGCAGGAGAGUGUCCCCCUGCUUUCUUAAACCUAGCAGUCACCUGCUGCUGUAUGAAGCCACUGUGUCGUCCUACGUUCUCUGAGAUUGUGUCCAGGUUGGAGAGAAUCAGUGCUGUACAGCAGGUGGAGCAGACGGGGCAUGUGGAGGAAGCAGUUAAGGCGAGUUCCAGGUCCCUGAAUGAGAGAUCAUCAUCUUUGGAUGCCAUGGUGGAAGAUCAGCUGUCUCUGAGUAAAUCAGACGUGUUGUCUCCUGUCCAGAGCACGCCAGCACGGGUCAACCCCUUCUCCCAGAGGCACGACCUCAACGGCGGCCGUAUUAAACUUUUCGACACACCCAGCAAAUCGGUCAUCUCCCUCACCUUUACCCUGCCUCCACCCCCUGACCCAUGCAGCCCCACCCCCUGUGGGAAAGUCCUGCCCCGAUCCCAUAGACGUUGCCAGUCUUUGCCUUGCACACCGGAGGACAUCCAGUCAUUAAGUAGUAACCAAGACGGGGAUGCUCACCCAAGUGUAAUGCAGACGACGGCUGAUAAUCUUUCCAGCAUGGACAGUGAUAGCAUGGCGAACAUUUACACAGAGGUUGAGCAGGAUCAUGUGUUCUGUGUUCACACAGAUGGUUCAAAUUCACUGGAUGAAGGAGAAAAUGAGCACAGGAUCAUAAAAGACUCAAUUCAUGAAGAACUGGAAGAGGAGAGUUGCAUGGAGAAGCUAAAGGACUAUACUCCUCAAGCAGACGAUUCUGGUGUUCCCAUAGAUCUUGAGUUAAUGUCCCUGGAUCAGUUGACUGAGGAGAAUGUAGAGGAGGAAGCAAUGGACUGUAUCAGCUCCCCCAGUACACCAUGUGAUUCACCCAAGCCCUUCACUAAUGGCUGGACCCCACCUGUAUCAAACAGACCCCCAUUUGUACCCACUUUACCCGAUUUAGACAACAACAACAGCCCUGUGCAACCUUUGAAUCGGCCAGUCAAUGGUUUCCAUGAUGCCCCAAGCCCUGUGACCCCACCAGAACAGGAUGAGGUUGUAGCGUGUUCAGGCUGCUGCCUGGCUGGAUUCAGUUUUCCCUCCAUUUGCAUCCGUGGGACACGUCGCAACCCGUAUAAGAACUUAAACGGUGAUUCUGCGACGAGGGAGCUGCUGUGCAGAGUGCAGCCACCUUCACCUGCUGCACAUAGCACACACACCUAAUGAUGAACUGCAUGUGAGAGGACACUGCACAUUUAUCCUACGCCUUAAACCCUGCUGCUGUUGCACAUUGCUCAGAGAAAGUGUUGAUGAUGAAUUGUGCUAGGGCUUACUGGGGUGUUAUUGAUUGUUUAGCUAAAAUGCCCCCUUUGUUUAACUUAAAUAUACCCUUCAAUGGGUUUAUUGGGGACACUUUCUGAAGAAUAUUGUUUAAAAAGAAUAAAUAAAACAUUUGAUCGCACAGCUGAGCUGUAAAUAACGACUAUGAAAUUAGAAGGUGCUGCGCAUUGUGUCCCUAACUAUGCCUGUGUGUAUUUAAAGAUAAUGACAAUGAGUUGUAAAUUAUUUUAUUUUCUGUUUGGUCUUUAUUGCCUUGCUUUUCUGUAACAGCACCUGAGAAGUCUGUAUAUGAAUGUUAUAGUUUGAUAUUGUUUUGAAAAGAAGAGGGAUGUAAAAGUUUUGUUUAAAUCUUAUUUUAUUAAGGAAAUUAAACUGCAUUAAAAUAUACCAAAAAAAAAAAA